GUCAAUGUCAAAUUUCAAAUUGUCGAUUAAUUUUGUCAAUAAAUAUUAAAAUGGCAGUUGAACAUUUUUUUGUUUUAUGAACAAAAUAUGUUCUAAAAUCACAAUGGCACUAAAUUUCACUACAAAAUUAGCGUGCAUAAAUUGGAAGUUAUAAGUAGAUAAAGUGAAAUGUCUUCAGAAUCGAUAGAAAGUGCCAACCAUAUUGACGACGUCGACGGAAAGGAGAAUGGAUCGAAAUCGGUUUUAUCGUGUGAUUCGGGCGUCGAGACCCUCGACUCAGGGCUCGAUGCGCUUGCCACUCAACCCAGCUCAGAAACCCCGCCUAGAAAACCCGACAAUCCCGUGGAUUUAGACGUAUGUGUAGCUGAUGAAAUUAGUUCCGAUUUGUCUACGCCAACAUCGCUAUGUUCCGACAAAGGUAACUGUUUUUUGAAUUUCGAAGACAAAGAUGACGCCACAGACAAAGUAGCAAGCAUAACAGAAGACCUGAACACCGAAUCAGGUAUGUCCAGUGAUAAUCUCACAGAAGGUAUAAAAAAAUCUUUGUAUAAAAAUAAUAACAAUGCUUUAGCAACGUCAACGGUUAGCUUAAAUGAGCCAAAUAUUACCGAAAGUAACAUUAACAAUACAAUUAGUCGUAGCGCUGAAAAUAUAUGUAUAUUAAUUGUAGACAAUGAAUCCACGACCUCUAGUACCAAAGAACUCGAUAAAGACAAAAUAUUAUCAGAAUUUUCAUCUCAGAAAAGUAAAGUUAGCGCAACACAGAAAAUUGUACCUGAGAAUCCACAGACCCUCGACGUAAGAUACUCCAGACUGCCUAAAGACAUCCUCGCACCAGAUCUGGGUAGUAUCGUCAAAAACGUUCAUGGCAUAUUCUCCUCUGUAAGCGGGAGCUUAAAAAAUGCUUACAUCAACAGUCACAGAGUGUCACAAAAGCCCCAGAUAAAGAACGUCAAACCUAUAGCCAAUGGUAAGAUCAUGAGUGACAUAUUUGAGGAUGCAUCAGACGAAAAACUGAAUGAAAGCAUCCUUGAUAAGACUCCUGUUGAAUCCAACUCAAACAGUAUGGAGUCUGUUGCUAAAGUUAGUAACGAAGAAGAGAUUGAACCAAAGAAUGAAAUGUUUAGGUUGCAAAUUGAGUCUUUAGAAAGAGUUCUGUUUGAACAGAGGAAAGAGAACAUGUCACUGAGGGAGAGAGUCAAACAGCAAGUCGAUGAACUUCAAGCUAAGGACCAAACUUUCAAAGAUUUAGAGACUAAGGUUGAUUUGAUGUGCAAGAGAGCGGAGCAGGCACAGAAGGAGAAGGACGCGGCAGUGAUGCGCUACGCCAGCACCGAGUGUGCAGCUAUAGAAGCUAAGAAGGCUGCAGAGGCGGCCACAAAGACAGAACGAGCCGCCGUCGCAGAGAGAGACCUGCUCAAUGCCAAGCUGAAGACUGCCAGAGAUGAGAAGCAGAGGAUCUGCCAAUUGUAUGAUGAUAAGUGCCAUGAGCUGCAGAGCAGUGAGCGCGAGGUGGCCAGGGUGCGGGAGGAGUUGCGCGAGGUCGAGGGCCGGCUCAAGUGGACGCAGAGCAAGCUGCGGAUGGAGAUGGACGCGUCUAAGGAGAGUACAGAGCGCGCGGAGAAGUUGUCCCAACAGUUGGCGGAGAUGGAAGCGGCCAGGGAGGCGGCCAUAGCCAACUGUGCCGACACGGCGCGAGUUAAACAACUAGAGACAGAACUGAAGGAGAGCCAGGCGGACCUGAUCCUCAGUCGGCAUGAGAAGGAGGAGCUGGACCGGAGACUGGGCGCCGCCCUGCAGCAGCUGGACUCCUGCAGGAGAGAGGCUAACGAAGCUGUUGCAUCACUUGCCGAGUCUAACAAGCAGGUGGAGAGCUUGAAAGAGAGCAACGUCCGUCUGGAGGAGGAGGCUGCGGAGCUGGCGGCUCUGCGGGCUCAAGCGGCGCUCGCGGACACGCUCAGCGCGCAGCUGCAGAGGUAUAGUACUGCAGUGUAUCAUACAUGUAACGACGUCCGUCUGGAGGAGGAGGCUGCGGAGCUGGCGGCUCUGCGGGCUCAAGCGGCGCUCGCGGACACGCUCAGCGCGCAGCUGCAGAGGUAUAGUACUGCAGUGUAUCAUACAUGUAACGACGUCCGUCUGGAGGAGGAGGCUGCGGAGCUGGCGGCUCUGCGGGCUCAAGCGGCGCUCGCGGACACGCUCAGCGCGCAGCUGCAGAGGUAUAGUACUGCAGUGUAUCAUACAUGUAACGACGUCCGUCUGGAGGAGGAGGCUGCGGAGCUGGCGGCUCUGCGGGCUCAAGCGGCGCUCGCGGACACGCUCAGCGCGCAGCUGCAGAGGGAGACGGAGCGAGCUUGCCACGCAGAGCAAGCGCUGAGCGCGGAGCGUGCUCGCGCGGAGACGUGCUCCAGAAGAGAAGCGGGCGCGCUGGAGCACGCGGCGCGACUCACCGCGCAGCACGUCGCGUCUAGGGCGUGCGCCAGCGAGCACGAGGCUAAAGCUCAAGCGCUGGCAGCAGACAACGCUUCUCUCAGAGAGCAGAUCGAAGCGUUGGAGAGCGAAGCGGAGAGACUGAAGGCGGCUCUCGCGGAGGAAACGGAGAGACGGUAUAAGGAGAACAGGGUGCUUGCUAGGAAGGUGGCGGAACUGACAGGCGAAGCAGCAGAAGCGAACAAGAAGUUAGAGUGGGAGGCGGGAGAGAACAGCGUGCUCAAGAAGAAGCACGCCAGUGCCAUUAAGGAAUUGAACCGGGAACUGCAGCGCGCUCUGAAACGCAUUGAGCAGUUGGAGUCCAAGCUACCUCAGAACGACAGCGCCUCCAACAGAACAGGUUCAGUGUCUUCCCUGAGCAGCGGCGAGACACCUCCACAGGAGGAGAAGUUGCAGAACGGACACGCGCAUGGAGACGCGCCGCCCGACGUACAGGGUCGCGAGCCGGACCGGCAGGCGCUGGUGGAGCGCAUCGUGUCGCUGCAGCGCGCGGCCGCGGCGCGUGCGGAGCGCUGCGAGUUCCUGCAGGAGCACUGCGCGCAGCUGACCCGCGAGCUGCGCGCCAAGAGCCGCCUGCUGCGCGCGCUGCUGCCCGCGCUGCCGCCGGCCGCGCUCGCCUCCGCCACCGCCGACGAGCACAAGAAAGAGAUAGCGCGUCUGGGCGGCGGCGCGAUGGCGGCGGUGUGGGGCGGCGACCCGGGCGGCAUGACGCUGGAGCUGUCGCUGGAGAUGAACCGGCGCCUGCAGGCCGUGCUGGAGGACACGCUGCUCAAGAACAUCACGCUUAAGGAAAACAUGGACACAUUAGGCGAGGAGAUAUCCAAACUUCGGGAGCAAAAGAACGAUGACAAGAAAUAACAAUGUAUUAGUUAAUAUUGGUGGCAUGUAAAAUGUAUAUAUAAUUUAUUAUAAUUAAUGUAACUUCUUCCAAUUUAUGUUAUGACCUUAAGCGCAUAUAAGAUUUGCUAAUGCUGAAUCGUGAAAUUCUCACAAUCUCGUAGAUAGAGAAAGAAAUAGACGAAUACAUAUACUAUACAACUAAUACAUAUACAACUGCAUAAGUUGUGCUCAUUUUUUAACUGUGUAGAGCAGGGUUUCUCAAAGUGGGGUACGCGAACCCCCAUUCGACGGCAGAGGAUGCGCGACAAGAUUUACAUAAUGGUGGCUUGAUAAUUGAUACCGACAGUUAUUAUUUUCUUCAACAGUCAAUUUUUUUUCUUUGAAGGGGGGGGGGGGGGUUCCCCCAUUUAGUAAGGGAUUCGCUGUCACUUGAAAAUUUAAACAGGGGCUCGUGGAGCCGAAAGUUUGAUAAUCCCUGGUGUAGAGUAACGAGACCAGUCCAGUGGCGCUAACAUGCAACCAACCAAUCAACGAGAUAAUCUCGUGAAAAGAAAUAGACAAAUUUCAAUCUAUGGCGAUGCAACCGGAAAUAUAUCUCUUUCAUUGUGUUGGGACGGAAGAGAUGGAACUGGGGCAACUUCGCCGCCAUUGGAUAUUUUGUCUAUUUCUCUUAAAUUGGUCACAUGUUGGCGCCACAGGCGAUUCGAUAUUCGGUGUCAUGACGCGUGCCGUUUUUUCAGACCUUAACAACGGGUCUAAGAAGUUUGUAUUAUGGUAAUGAGUAAUAGACGUUUAUGUUUUUAUUUAAAAAAAGGGUUCGAGGAUUUGUCGAAGGCCUUUUCCAUAUCUAAGAAGACCGCUACGGCUUUUUCUUUUUUAUUGGUUGCUGUAAUUAUGAGGUGCAAUACUCUUGCCAGCUGUAAGGUAUGUUCUGCCCAGAACCCAAACUGUUCCGGUCUUGGCAUAACAUAGGACGAUAGCCGUUGCAGGAACAGAUCUUUGAUGUGGUAGGCAGGAGUGUGAUGGGGCGAUAGCUCUCUGGUUUUCUAGUGUUCUUUCCGGGCUUGGGGAGAACAAUUAUGUUUCCUAUCUUCCAUUUGUCCGGAAAGUGGCCUGCGCGUAAGAUGCCAUUGUAUAGCCGAGUUAGGGAGACCACUGCCUUUCGUGGCAGGUGGCGUAGAGCGGCGUUCGUGAUCCCAUCCGCGCCGCGGCUUUCUUUGGUUUUUCCCUUUUUGAUGGCUGCGCUGACCAUGCCUGGGGAGAAGAACAUGUUGUCUUCGGCUUCGGGUUGGGUUUCGAAGUAUUUUUGGUUUUCUUCUAUGACCAGUUUGGUGUGAAACGAUGAGAACUGGGCGUUUUUAAGGGUCUACCCAGGAUCUCUGCGCGAUCUGCUGCUUUCCGUCCUCGUGCAGCAGCGGGGUUUUUGGUUUUGGGGUCCGCGUAAAUGUGCGGCAGAGUCUGUGUAGAGCGGUUUGGUCUUCCCUCACCGUUUCUAGAUAAUCCAACCAGUCUUCCGAGGCUUUGUCAGUUAGCAUGGCCUCGAUUUUCUCUGCCAACUUGUUGAGCUCUCUAUUUUGCGUAGGACAUCGGGUUGACUGCCACUUUCUUCUUCCUCUUCUUCUCCAGCAGCUGCCUGAUCUGGAAAGGCAGGGGAGCUUUGGCGCUCGUUUGAAUUUCAGUGGAGGCUUCCUGUAGAGCCUCUCCGAUGGACAUUAUUAGCUCUGUUGCGAGAGACUCUUCAGGCGUAGAGGCUGCUCUAGUGGGUAUAGAGUCCUGAACUAGAGACUCGAACUUCUUUCAGUCAAUCCUCUUCCUGGGCUUCAGUUUUGUACACGGCCGGCGUCAAGGAUGGUCAGGACCGGAAGGUGGUCCGAGCCCAUGUCGUCGUUUAGGACUUCGAGCGGGGGUAGGCUUGUGAGAUCUCGCGCUACCACGAAGUCCAGCACGUCCGAGAGGUAUGUGUCUUGAAACGGGUAGUAGGUGGGCUCAUCUGGACCGAAAACGUCGUACCCGCGAAGGUUCGACUCGGCGAGAAGUGCUCUACCUACUGAGCAGGUGAUUCUCGAAUGCCAUGCCGGGUGCUUAGCGUUCCAGUCUCCUGCCCUCAUCGUCGGUGUUUGUGUAUCGAGAAGCUUGCUCAGUUCGGUCAUGUCCAGGGGUGUCGUAUUUGGUCUGUAUAUGGCGUAUAUUUUGUGCGGGCGUCCGUCUAGCUCUAGCUCCACGCCCAUCGCCUGCAUGGAGCUUAGCUGUAUGGGAGGUAGCAGCUGAUGCACGAUCCUGCGUCGCACUAGGAUAGAUAGCCCUCUCUUGGUCCUCACGUCGCUUUGGGGGUCGUUCUCUCUGUAUAUUAUAUAUCCAGGGAAGUUUAUCCUGUUUGUAGAGGCAAGGAAUCUCGUUGAUCUCGUCGAAAAAGUCUCGUUGAUUAGAGCCACGUCGACGUCUUGCUCCCUCAGUAGAGUUCUGAAGAGGACGGACUUUUUCUUGAAUCCAUGGGCGUUCCAGAAUAUAAUCCUCAGAGGCUUAGCCAUUAGACUGGAUUAGUUGGCUAAUACCUCUGAGGAUGGCGGAUGUUGGGUUUUCACCCUCGCGUAGUGCCAAUAGGACGUCAUACAUGAUUUGGACAGCCGCCUCUAUGCUAAUGUUCAUCUUCUUGGUGCCGCCUAGAGUCGCCUUUUUUGCCGGAGCUGCGGAUGGGGGCUCUACAAUUUCUUUGGUGGGUUUCUUAUUCUUCUUUUUCUUUUGUUGUUGUUGGCCUUGAGGGUCACGCGGAGUCGGAUCGUUUGCGGGGGUUCUGAUAUUAGAGCCCCCUGGGGCCGUGGGCGCAGCGUCCUCCUCUGCGCGAGUUUGUGAUCGGGCGGGACGAUCAUCUCGUGUGGUCGUCAUUGCUACUGUCCCUGCUCUUUUCUUUCGCGCCUCCCGCUUGUACACCGGGCACGAGACGUUAUUCGCUGGGUGAGGCUCCCCACAGUUUGCACAGGUGGCCGGCUCUUCUCUUGGUCGGGGGCAUUCGAAGGCUCUGUGUUCUUCGCCACAGCGCACGCACGCCUGCCUCCGGUGGCACUGGUGCGAACUGUGCCGGAACUGCUGGCAGCGGUGGCAUUGCGCGGGCCCCUUCCGCCCCCGCCAUGCCUCUAUGUGCACGCCUGGCAUGCACAGCAGUUCCGAUACUUCAAAAAUCUUGGGUACCGUGUCUGCCGUCCUUUUUAGGAUGGCGAGGUAAAUACAGCCUGGUCUGCCCUUGCGGGCCCGUAUAGGUCGGACCAACUCCGGCUGAAAACCCAGGCUGCGCAGCUCUUCUUCUAAAUCUUCCGUGGGGGUCUCUACCGGCACUCCUCGGAUGGCCACUUUGAAGAUCCUCUCUUGAGGAAGUGAGUACGAGGUUCUCGGUUUUCUCCAGCUCGCUCAAAGUACCUCUGGAUGAUCCUGUACUCUACCUCCUCGGUGGGUAUGAAUUUGAUGCCCUUUCCAAAAGGGCGGGCAUUUGGGGCUCUACCUAACUUCUCCUUGAGUUGGCGGCGGUGGUGGGCCCAGUUUGGGAGCCGCUCUACCACUAGAGGGGGGUGGCGCGGCUUCUUUGUAUUCUUUGUCUGCUGCGUUGACGUUGACGCUAGCGGCGGCGAUGUGCGUCUGGACGCUUGAUGACGUGCUGGGUUGGGCGGGGUUUUUUGCUCUUGCUGCGUCGGCGAAGCUUGUAGAUGGCUUCGGUUGGGCGGGCGGAGCGGUGGGCAUCUGUUGAGAGCUCUGGGUUUCGGGGAUUUCAUCCUCUAUGUCCAUCUCUACCACUCGUUGGGCAGGUAGAGCAUGGCGGUCGCGGAGGCGCGGGUCUCGCUGUGGGAGCGGCGCCGGGGCUGUGGUUUUCAUGACCUUGGACUCCGGCGUUAGGUCCGUGUCUGUCCUUUGUCUCUUCUAUGGAGUGACGCCUUGCCUGAAUUCCGGAAUAGGUCUUGUGGCAGCAAUGACUCUAGCUUGGCUGAGUUCGUUUUCCGAGAGCAUUGGGGCUCCUUCGUUUUCGAGCCGUCUUCGUCUAGCUUGUAAGAGCCUGAGCAAGUCCUCGAUUGUUUCGUCGGAUAAGCCGCCCAUCUCUUUGACUCUAGCAAUGAAUAUUAGGUCCGACUCUACUUGUGUCCUCGGUGAGAACCGUAGACUGCCGGGGUUAUCCGGUAACAUGUACGACGGUACCUGUUGCGGAGUGGUGGUCGGUGAUUCUGGUUGCAUGCGAACUGCGCCUGUGCUCGCGGCGGUCCGCGCGUGUGACGGGAGGGCGUCGCGGUGCGCAGGCCAAGCGGCUGGCGUACGUAGCUCGCUGCUUUCUUCUUGUGAACCCGCCAUGCCAAUGGUAGGUGUCGGCUGGUGGGUUUGAGGUGCGCUCGUUACCUGGUACGGCGCGAGGGUCUCUGCGGGGGUGCGCGGCGGUUGGGGGGCGGCGCGGCUCUCCUUACGGUAUUGCGCGGAAGUUACCUCGUACUUAUCACGGGGGGGGGGGGGGGGGUGCAGCUGCGCGGGGGUCGAAGUGGUCCUCCCUAUUGCAGGGAUGUUACCUCUAGUCCCGCGCGGACGGCGCGACGGCGCGACGGGCAUGCGAGAUGACGCAGCAAUCUCUCUUGCUCGUACGCUGCGCGAGCGAGACGGGCUCUGCGCGGGUGGCCGCAGGGGUGAGGCGCGGCGAUGAGACGCGGAGAGUCGACGACGAGAUGCGGGGGGCGCCUGUCUCGUUCUCUCCACGUAGUGACGUCCUUCUCUCAGUUGGUUGUCCCGAGCGAUUUCUGGACGCGCUGGAAGAUGAUGACCGGCGGUAUCAUCGUCGGUCGGGACGGGGUUUUCGAGUCCUUCGGCGGCUCCAUCUCGGACUAGCACUUGCACAAACGCGGUCGUCGACCUGGGUCGUGCUCAACCAGGCUGGGUAUUCCGCGAGGCGCGCGACACGGCGCGGAUGAGCUACGCCGCAGGCUCAGCCCAAGCUGGACCGGGCCUGCGGGUGAUGUCAGGUCGGGUUUGCUAUAUCAAACCCGCCGGACAAUCUAGGCGCGCACGAUCGACCCGUGAGAGCGAAAACGGUUUGCAGGUUACUGGAAACGGCGCAUACGCAUAAGUGCAAGGACUUCUGCCCCGAUCCAAUGUUGCUUUCUUCUCUCGGUCCCGUUAGGGCCCGGGCGGAGUCGCGACCAAGGCAUAGCCUUCUGCGCGAGGGGUUGCUCGCCAGCCAUGAAAAUGGCUGCGUCCUCGGGUUGGCCCUUUGUAGAGCCGUUUUGAGGUAGAGCCGAAUAGGCUCUUGGAAAGAGGGGUCUUUCGACUCCCUCUCGGGGUGUUUCCCGCUUGUGGGAGGCCCCGGGAGGGUGUGUGUGGAUUAGAAAAACCACUAAGUGGUGGAAAGGGGAGAAUGGGCAGUUACCUUGCUCCGUGGGCGUGUUCAUCACGGGUAGCUGGCGGUCAAACGAGUGAUGCCUCCUAAUACGGCCGGAGUCGGGUCGCGGCCUUCCCGCACGGCCUUGAGCACGUCUUGCAGCACCUCCAGCGCUGCAAUUAACACUUCGUUGGCACUCUGUGGGCGUGGGCUUCUUGUUUUCCCGCUGGAGGCGGCUGCGUUGGGCUGGACGUGGGUCCUCGGCUCGGCGCUACCUUCCUCUUGCUGGGGCUUCUUCUUCUUCCGCUUCUUUUUGAUCGUCUCGGACUGGGCGCCGGAUGAGCCUCGCGGUCUCGGCUCGUUUGCAGGCGUCCUUAUGUUGGUGCCUUGGUUGGCCUUAGGUUUUCCUUAGUACGCUUUUGCCCGGCGUCUUGGUCGUCGUCCGAAUCCUCGGACCGCAGCCUCCGUUGAGGUCUAUCCUCGUUGGCGGCCAUGAUCGUAGGCUGUUUCGGCGGCUUCACUAUCCCGUAGUAGUUCGUGAGAAGUAAUUCUCGGGUUUCACGGUCGAUGUCAUCUUCCGUUUCUUCUCGGGAUUUUCCAGAGAUUGACAUCAGAUUGGCUAUGAAUCCUUCCCUCUCCAAUUGGAAGGCUGGGAACAUCUGUGAGUACCGGUACACGAGCACUUCAGUGUAGCAAAUCGUUUGAAGACAUGUUUCUUCGUCCAUCUCUUUUUGGACAUUCACGUCCGCGUCGUCGUCUAGGCUAGGCAUAGACCGGGCGGGACACGGUUCACUGCCACUUUCACUCGACACUAACUCGCGGUCGGCGGGCGCGAAAGCGGAGCGUGCGCGGCGGCGGGCGCAGCUUCCGACGGCGGCGCGGCGGCGGGCAUUAGCGCCAGCGGUGGCGCUGUGCGCGAAACACUCAGGUUUGAGUUCUCGCGGGAGAACGGCGGCACGGGCGCAGGCACAACCGGGCGGCUCGGCGGCGCGACUUGCGAGGCGUAACUCGCGCGACGAGAGGCGGGCGCGCGGCUCGGCGGCGCGGCGAAGACUGCCGCAGCGGACGGGCGCGGGCCCGGCGCGGCGUGCGACGAGGCGCGGGGAGACGGCGUGCGCGCGGCGCGCGGGCCGGGAGGCGGGCGUGCGGGGCGCGGGGCGGGGCGGCCGGCACCCGAUGUCUUGCUCUGCCGCGAGGACGCAGCGGCGAUUACGGGUGGCGGUUCGACGUUCGCUUCGGGUUGGGUCUUCCUUCGGGCUCCUGAGUCCUUCUGGAUCCGAGGAUCCCUGGGAUUCGGCUCCUGACGAGGCAUUUCGGUGUUCGGGCUUCACCGGAUGUUAGUCCGUCCGCGUAUUCGCGGAGAGGCUAGUCGCCGUGCUGUCUUCAGACCAUCAGCCGGUUGCGGGUCUGGACAUCUUCUGGACAACUAUCUUCACCGCGAUAACACGCGGGCGAAACUGCGACGGAUUUGGUCACCAAAUCGGGUCAGCUUCAGUAGAUAGGAGUCACUGGUAGACACGAGCACUUGAGACGACUGCGGCCGAUCCUUCUGCCCCGAUCGUCGGCUCCAUCGCGUAUUUAUACCCACUCAGAACGCUUCCAGACCUUUUUGGGCACGCCUACACGCGUGUUGUUUGUUCCACGGAGUCACAAAUCAAAACAAUAACUAUAGAUUUCAUUCAAAAUUUCGAGUUCAAAACAACUCGAAAGGGCGAGCGAUUAUGAACCCUAUGUCUCUAAUAAUAAGGUACAAUAUGAAUUUGAUAUCUACAUAGUUAUCACAAAAGGGUUUUUCCAAAUCGUGAUCUCUUAUACUUAGCAUUUUCAUUUUCAAGUAUUUUCCCUUGCUGUAGUGAGAUGAGAAAUUUUGUGUUGCGCACGGUAAAAAAAUUAUUUACCUCGCAAUGCUCAGGAUUGUUUUUUUUUAAUCCUUCCCUUACUCAGCAUUCUUUAUUUGCAUUUUCUUAGAAGACUUCUAUAUAAUAAUACGUAGAUAGAUUAACUUAAAUGGCAGACUUACUGUGUAAAUAUAAAGUUUUAUUUAAAUACGACAUAGUUCUGAGAUAAACUAUAUAGUAUGUUUUAAAAAGCAUUGUGUGUUUUACUAUUCGCAAAUUUAACAUUUUUUUUUAAUAAAAACAAAACUCGAACGGACAAUGCCAGACAAUGUAUAAAAGUUUAACCCACUAAAAAAAAAAUUGCAACAAUGUAUAUUCAUAUUAUAUAAUUUUAUUGGAUUUUUUGUACUAUUAAACAAAUAUUACCUUUUAACUCUUUAUUACUAGGGGUAUGAAGCUACAUUAAAACAAGCGUCAUUUUAUAAUUUUUAAAUUACACCGAGGUUUAAAAUGGAAUAUAAACGCUUUGAAGGGCUCGCAUCCAAGGUUGAAUAAGGUUUUUAAAAAAUAAGUAUUGCCAUGUCUGCUACGAGGAAAUAACGUAAUGGAUUUAAUUACUUUUUUUGGCAGAUUUUUAUUCCGGAGUUUAACAGUAAAAAUUGUUUAUUAAAAAACAAUUAUUUAAAAAUUGGAUAUUUUUAGUACAUUUACAUUUUCCACAAAAUUCUGAGUUAGGACUGGUUUAGGAUCUGGCAUUCUCCUUUCAACAGAAAAUAAGUCUUUAAAACUUAAAUUAAAACGUUCAUUUCGUUUUGAAGUAAAUGAUCAAAUAUUUUAAGUAAGUAAUGUAGCAUAAAUGCGAGUGUUUCGCAAAAGUGCUGAUGACGUCAUGUGUACCUAAUGUUGUUAUGACUCUUAUCAAUUGGUACGUUAAACUUAAACUUAGUAAACUUAACUAGAAAAAUUGCGUGUGCCGUAUUUACUAAAAAGUUUAAAUUUAACAUACAAUUGUAUAAUAUACAGGAAGAAAAUUUUUUUAGUGCGGAUAUUUUUAUAUUUUGUUCAUAAACAAAAUUUAAUGAUCACGUAUUUUUUCUUUUUUUUUUAACUCAAAAAUAACAAAAUUAUCGUUAGCUAAAGUUAUUUACUUUUGAACAGAAUUUUAGGGUCACCCUAUUGUGCGUUUAUUUUAUUUUCGUUUGAUACCUAAAGGACGUCACCAGAUCACUUUUAAGCUGAAUAUAUCUUGUUUAGUAAUAAUAUGUACAUUAUUUUGUUAUUUUAGAGACAUAAAUUAAAAAAAAAAUUACAUUAAAUGUAUCGAACUGUUUGUAGAUUUAUAUUCUAUUAAUGAUACAGAACCACGAAAAAAAAUAUCCGCACUAAAGACCGAAUCACCCUGUAUACCUAUUAUGUGUAAUUUAAGCCAGUGUUGUUAUCUAUUAAAUGUCUAUAUUAUUAUUAAAAAAUAUAUAAUAUAUGAAUGUAAAUUAAUGAUUUAUGUCGAAAUUUAUUUGAAUCGUAUUAUACAUGUAUAAAUAAAAUUUUAUUUUCCAACUUAA